AUUCGGAGGAGCAGGAGCCUGAGCCUAGCCUAUUCGGUCUAUGACAUGACGUGACAAUAAUAUUGCUUGACUUUGACUUGGUUGAAGUUAAGUGAUUCAUUCUGAAAGUAGAUUUUCUACUUUUUAACCAUCUUCAACAUUACGUUAAAAUAAUUAUCUUAAAGUGAAAAAUCUGUGACGCGUGAUGAAAGCAAGAUUGUUAUCUGACAUCUAAAAAUGUGGUUAUCUUCCCGCCAAUUAAUUGCACUGUUAUGAUUGGGCGAUCUUAAAGUUGAUCACUUGAUCACUCGUGCCCGGCCGACCCAUUGGACCCAUAUCUUUGACAGAGUUCCUUUAUCUGCCGCGUUUCAUUCAUCGACGCCGACUUAAAGUUCAUCACUUGGCAGAGAAAUAAUGGUGGAUUCUACCGAUAUGGUCAGCAUGGAUGAGAAAGUUCAUGUGAAUAUCAAAACAGAAAACAAUCAAGUCAGUUCAAAACAUGACAGGCCAGAAGAAAUUGAAGCUACCUUUGACCGAUCCGUAGUUGAUCUUCUUAAGAAAUGUUAUGUUAGAGGAAGGAGAUGGGGUAAUCGAACAAUCAACAAUCUACCAGAACUUUUAUCAGAACUGCGAGUCCAGGAUCUCUUAAAAGAAAUCAAAACUCUGAUUAGUAACCAUCCCAUGGCUGCUGCAAUUGUUACAAUGAUAGCUAUUGCUUGUGGAAUUCCUAUUUUUAUAUUCGUGGCAUUUGCUGUCAUAACAAUUUUCUUUACAAUCUGUGGAUUUCUGGUUGUUGAAGGUGCUAUAUUGGCUGCAGGAUCAUUUACUCUUUUACUAUGUCUUGCUUCCAUGGCAGUUGCCUUCAUAACAAUGGGUUUCUUUGGAGGUCUUCUUUAUAUUACUUACAAACAAAUUGAUAGAAUGUUAAACAAAAAUGUUGUAAGUGAAGAAAGUCUCCAGCAAUUUGAAGCUCACCUUCCUCAGAUUUUAGCCAGUUUGAAGAGCUUGCCCCAUAUAAAUCAGCAACGAGGACGAACUUCACAUUCCAAUAAUGGACAUACCCAUGUACAUAACUUCAAGUGAGAUGAUUGCUUUUGUAAUAUUUUUAUUUGUUUUUCUAGUUUUCAUCUAAGUUUUAACUUAAGUGACUACGUAUUUCAUGUAUCCUCAAUAACUAAAAUCUUUAAAAAAUGUGGUAAAUAUCCUCAAAGUAGGUCAUUUAUGUAUGAUUCAAUCAGUAAUCAUCUAUUUUUAUCAGUUUUAAUUACUAGUAUUGUGACUUGCCAGUAAAUUGUACAUUAUAGACUGGAUCACUAUUAAAAUAUACUUUUAUGACAGUAA